AUGAAAAAACAUUAUUUUAUUACUGUUUCAGUUGCAAGUUGUACUUCAAUCAAAGUGGACAUAAUAAUGAAGCUUACAUUACUAUCUAUUUUUCUUGUUUUUUUGUCAAUUCUUGGUGUUUUUUCAGAAAAUGCUCGUUUUGACAAUUAUCGAGUUUAUAGCAUCGAAGUUCAAAGCAAUAUUCAAUUAAAGAUUCUUAAUGAGUUAUCUGAAACCAGUGAUUCUUACAAUUUUUGGGAAGUACCCACUAAAGUUGGGGUAAAUGCUGAUUUAGUGGUACCACCUCAUCAGUUUGCACAUUUUGGGGAAAUUGUUGAUAAAUAUAAUUUAACAACAAACCUCAUCAUCUCCAAUUUGCAAGAAUUCAUUGAAAAUGAGUCUCCAAAACGUCAAAGAAAAGAAGAAGGCGACAUGAAUUGGGAUGACUAUCAGAGCCUUGAGACGAUUUAUGAAUGGCUUGGUUUUCUUCAAAGAGAUUUUCCACAAUUCAUUAGUGUUGAAGAUAUUGGAUUAAGUUAUGAAGGUCGUCCGAUUAAAGUUGUUAAGUUAUCAAAAAAACAGAAUGCUCGUGCUAUUUUCAUUGAAGCUCAAAUUCAUGCGCGUGAAUGGAUAGCUGGAGCAACUGUGACGUAUAUCUUAAAUCAGCUUUUAUAUUCAACAAAUCCUGAUGUCCAAGAAAUGGCCUUGAAUAUCGACUGGUAUGUUGUUCCCAAUUCCAACCCUGAUGGUUAUGAAUAUACGCGAACAAGUAAUAGAAACUGGAGGAAAACAAGGUCACCAGUGUCACUCAUUUGCUAUGGUGUAGAUCCAAAUCGUAAUUUUGCUUACAAUUGGUUGACGCCAGAUGAAGAUGGAAACUUAGGAGCAUCAAAGGCUCCAUGCAGUGAUACUUAUGCUGGUCCACAUCCGUUCUCAGAAAAAGAAACACUUGCGAUUGAAAAUUACAUCGCUGAAAUCAAAGAUCGUCUCGAUGUUUUCCUUUCUUUUCAUUCAUACGCCCAUCAAAUUUUGUAUGCUUGGGGUCACACAAAAGCAAACGUUUCAAACUACGAGCAAUUGCAAGCAAUUGGUGAAGCAGCAGCUUCCAGAUUGAUGGAAACUGACGGCAUUGUUUAUGAUGUAGGAACUACUCGAAAUAUUUUAUAUGCUGCUUCAGGCAUUAGUAUUGAUCAUGCUUACGGUCAUCAUGGAAUUCCAAUAACCUACACUUAUGAAAUGAGAGGUAGUGGAACUUAUGGCAAUUAUGGUUUCUUUUUGCCACCACAAUUUAUCAUCCCGAAUGGAGUUGAAGUUCUUCAAUCAUUAAUUGGAUUGGUAUCUAAAGCAAGAGAAUUCGGAUACCUAGUUAAUAAUCUGUAAGCUUACUUUUUUUAUAGUACAUAAAAGCCAUGAAAAAAUAAAUAGAAACAAAA